UAGAUACAGUAACGCCAAAAUUUAUAUGGCAGUAGGUUCCUCUUCGUGUCUCUUCUGGCACUGAUACCGAUGUCUUUGAGUUCAAAAUAAUUUCAGACUUCCCCUGCUUUUUAUUUUUUCCGUGUCUGGUCAAAUGGGUUCUUGUGUAUCAUCUCACAAACACUCUGUACAAUCAGAUAAUAAUGUUAAGUUCCAUAACUCUUUUAGGGCUAAAUCUGAUAAUAAGCUUGUUGUGUUUUCACCCAUUAAAGAUAACAGCAAGCCCAAUGGUGAACUUGGUCCGAAAGCACAGCCUGACUCAGCUCACAACUUUGCUGAUUUUGGUAGUAAAGAAGAAACAUUCUUUGAUUCACAAGCCUGGUUAGAUUCAGACUGUGAUGACGACUUCAUGAGCGUUAAUGGGGAAUUCACCCCUUCCCGGGGUAACACUCCAUUACAUCAUAGCUUUGCUACUGGAUCUCAACGAGUCCACAGAGCAGUUGUUGAGGAGCCAGUGCUUGAUGUACCUGUUGUUAUACCAGGACAACCAUCUCCAACAGAUAAGAAAAUGAGAUUAUCUGACCUUUUUAAGCAGAGUAUAAGAGUUAAACAAAAUGAUGAUGAUGAGCAAAAUGCACCUGUUAGUUUAAGUGACAAAAAUUCCACCACCAGUUUGCAGAGCAAUGAGCAAAUCCCUAAUCCAAAUGUCAAGGCCCAUCGGGCGAAAUCUUUGAAGUCGUUUCAGUGUUGCCUUCCAAAUCUGACUGCAAGCAAUACCUUGAGUGAAAACAAGAAGAUGAGAGCCCUGUCCACUCCAAUGGUUAAAUAACAUGCAUUAGAAUUGGCAUCACUGCUCAUGUAUUUUGGUGAAGCCAAGUUUUUUUUGGCUAUGGCCUAUGAGAUUACAAAAUUCUUGGAUGCUAAAGAGGUAUCUAUGAGGUUUAAGUUAACAUUAAAAACCAUAAACUUUUUUUUGCCUUCUUAA